AUGCUUUUAGAACGUACCAUUACCGUAUCUAGUCAAUAUAUUUUACUCGGAUUGCAACCUCCUUCCGUUGUGCCACCACUCGAGAAAAUCAUCUCCGAUCCAGCUGAUAGGGGCAUCGAAAAUGUAUCCACUACCACUCCCAAGGAAGCUGUCUCUUCUGGUCUAGUAGUUUCAAAGCUACAAUCACCAUCCUCCACAAUCUCUAAAGGAGCAUGGGAAAAGCCUCUUACGGUUCACUCUCUUCCUACGCGGCAAUCAUCAGAUCCUCGUCAAUCCAACGACAUCAGAUGGCCAGCUCUCUCGCGUGGAAAACAGAACGUCAUCAACAACGACUCUGCUUCGUUUCAGGAUCAAUCAUACAAUCCAGAGACAGCAAAAGCUGAAGCGGGUUUAAUUAAAGCUCAAUCCAAAAACUAUCCAUGGGCAGCAAGGAUGAAUCAAUCUAUGAGGAAUCUUCAUACAUGGAGGAUGGAACCCCAAAGGUAA